CUCGCAAUAAUUAACUUACUAUGUCCGUUAAUUGUUCUUAUUUAUUAAUGCAUUUGUUUGUGUAAAGACUUGCCAUUAAUAGAUUAUUAACAUAUAUUUAAGUGUGAAUAUUAGGGCUGCAUCAACGAAUCGAUAAAAAUGGAUUCUUAAAAUAGUUGGCAACGAAUUUCAUUAUCGAUUUGUUGUGUCGCGCGAAUAUUACAGCACUCAAUAAGUCGCGGAGAGUAUUAACAAAGUUGAACGCAGAAGUAGAGGAAAGACCAUAAUGCUGCGUUGCGAAAGCCAAUCAGCGCUGAGUUGGUGAAUCUAACUGGCUGCUGCUACUCUAGUAGCACUGCAAGCAGCAGACGUAGUCAAUGACAUUCACUGAGCUGUGUGUGCCUACGGGGGAUGUUAUGAACCCAAACAUGAGGGCGUUAGUUGUUACGACGUGUGUGGGAUUUCCACAACAAGUAUAAUGUAGAAAUAGUGGUUAAUUAUUCCGUGGUGGAUGGCAGAAAUGAUAAUUCCACGGAGCUAAUAAACAGAUAUGCCACGCCCCCCCCCCCACACACACACACACACAGGCGCUUAACCACAAAUAGUCGGGCAAGUAAACUCACGCGAGUAAGGCGUUGUCAGUAAUGUUUUUGACAUUGUUCAUACAAAUGUUGACCAAUGAACAUUUUGUGAAAACUCGGUGUAUACAUGAAAAAUGUGAAGGAUGUAGUAUUUAAACUAACGACAAUUCCAAAGCAUACACAGGGUGUCCGCGGGGCAUUAAGAAGUCUUAAAUUGCUUUUCCUAAAAAUAAGGCCUUAAAAAGUCUUAAAUUGUCUUAAAUUCAGAUUGGAUUGGACUUAAAUUUUUUGGGUGUCAUGUCAUUACGAAUAUGAGGCAUUCUGUUCCACCAGGUCCGUAUUUUGCUCCGGUUGCUCUGCGGGGUCUCUGGUGUCACCGGGGCCACGCCCCUUCUCUUAAAGGGGCCCCGCGUAUUCGGUCCCAUCAAUCCCCUACAACGUGAAGCAUCGGCUAGUUUAGAAAACAUGGGGGAUGCAAGUUCAACAACGGCUUGAAAAGAACGAGUGUUUCUGGUCACGGUCGGUGAAAUGCUUCUGAAGCUGCGUUAUGUGUCGGGAGACUUUCCAGCGGUGGAAUCUCACGUGCAGAGCAAGAAGCACAGAGACUAGCGAAGGCCGCCAGCAGCCCGCGGGGCUAGCUCCUGCUCCACCGCUAGCUCCUGCUCCGCCGCCAGCAACGACGUCAACGCUACAACGCUGGAGGUCACCGGAGGAAAUCCAGCGCCGUGCAACAAAGAGCCCAUCACCGAAGUCCAACGCUGCGAGAGUUGGCAGAAAGUCGGUGCACUAUGUGAGGAGCGACCACGAUAUGAAGAAGUUUAAGAUGUCCCCGCUGUCAUACUCCUCCAAAUCCCUGCAUGCGUACAGCGCCCUGCUGUCGGACGUGGUGCCCGCCGUGCCCGUCGAACUACUGGGCUCCCUGCUGCACGAGGAGCUGACGGAGCAGAGGGACCGUUCUCUGUUCUCCGAGGGGGCCACGGGCGGUGCUUUGGCAUUCAUCCCCUUCCCUCGGGGCGGAGGCGACCCCCAGUGCGGGUGUCUCCUCUACCCGGGGAACCAGGGCCUGGACUGCCUCAAUUUCCAAAGAGUGGAGAUGCAGCACCGCAGGGGGAGCUCUUCCUGUGUGGACGCCGGCAGCAGUGACCCAUUACGCUUCCAGCUGAAGGGCCCCAUCAGACAGAUCAGCUGCGCCUCCCUGUUCGACGACUGUUGCGUCGCGGUGCGGUCCGAUCGGCUGUGCGGCGUUUGGAGAGUCGGUGAACGAAACGCACCUCGACUGCUGCAAGUUAUCGACACAAGGGAGGUGGCAACCUGCAUCAGCGCCAGUCCUCAUGUGCUAGGUGAAGUUCUGGUGGCGACUGAGAGAGGGGCAGCAAACCUGUGGAGCGUCGGCAGAGGGAUGCAGAAGGUCCGGGAGGAAGACGUAAACUUGUACUUCAACGCCAAGUCAUCGUGGCGAUGGUGCGAGUUCUCUGCCCACCCGAGGGUGGUGACGUACGCAGACAGGACAGGGGUGGAGCUGACAGAUGUCCGGGAGAGUCCGGUUUUGAGUCACACUCUGUUUCAUAUCAGCAACACUUCAGAGUGUCGCAGUGGGGAGAGGCUCAUCCUGUCCAGAUACCUGGGAGAUAUCCACACCUUCCAGCACCUCAUUACCACGCAGUACUCUGCUUACAUCAUGGACGAGCGGUUCCCCUGCUUGCCCAUGCUCAAGUGGGAUCACAUGAUGCGGUCCCCACCCAUGUUUUGUCAUGCUGUUUGCGGCUCUACCUCCACUGGCUCGGCAGUGGGUGGGGCUAGGACCACCAAGGUGCUGCUGGGCUCACAAAACUCUCAAGAAAUCACACUGCUGCAGUACUCGGGCGGCAGAGCAGAGGCCUCUUCCAGUCGAGGUCCUCUUCAAGCCCUGCUCAGACCCCGAGACAGUCUGAAACACCUCCCUGUUCAGAUCCCUCACCGCCUGGACCUCUCCACAAGCAGGUUGUCCUCACCAGCUGCAGGUCUGACUUGUAUACAGAAGAAAGGAAUCAGAGAGGCCGAUGGUGAGGAGUGCAUUUGUAUCCUUCAGCUGACCGAGGCGGGGGACAUUUUCUACCAGACCCUCGAGCCGGAGCAGCAGGACGCCUCUAAAUCUCCAGCAGCAGAGGACGAACCCGCUCUAAAAGAAGCCACAACUUCGGGCAGAGAAACGGCCCGGCGGCUCCGACUGCCACAAUCUCAGCCGGUUUCAUCAGACACGUCGAGCGACGAGGACGUAAUCGGACCGACCCAGGAUAAGACUGUGCCGGUGUUUGUGACUGAAACGCCAGAGAGGGAGCAGCAAGCACUGGACACGCACUCUGACUCUUCCUCAGAGAGCCCAGAGCCCCAAGGGAGAAGUUGUUUCAGGAAGCAGUAUGGACUGCGGGUUGUCGCCAACGAAGAGCCAGAUCAAGUGAGUGGCUCAAACACAGAGGGUUUGAAAGACGGAGAGGGGGUUGGCGAGCAGCCGGCACCAGCAAAGCUCAGCGUUGGCGCUCUUACCAAGUGGAAACGUUGGCUGCAGAAGAGUCGCGGAAAGACGCCGCGUCCACGCUGGCCGCAGCACUUCCAAGUUAAAACCGUAGACCUCCUUCUAUCAGAAAAUGAGGCAAGUGAUCCGACAGAGGAGGAGCGAGUGCAGUGCCUUAGGCGUGACCUGAGAGCGUGCAUGUCCAAGCGCUCGCUGCUGGUCCACGGUUCCGUCUCCGCCUCCCUGCAGGCUCCAGGCGCAGUAGCAGUGCCGGAUACGGUGGACACAGAAGCCUGGAGGGACGAGGUCAGCCACCGCCUGACCCUCGCCUGGCAGGGUGAGGGAGCAUGGCGGGCCUGGUGGGAGGAGCGGCUGGGCCUGAACAGGGAGGAGAAGGUUAAGGCUCUGAGGAGGAAGAGAAAGAGGGAGAAGGAGGCAAAGAGAGCCGGGGGCCGACGCCUGGAGCUGUCCGGUAGCUUCACCUCGUCCGUCAGCUACCAGUCGGAGCUGAGCGACUUCUCCGACUCAACGGGCUGGUCCUCCACGGUGGACCGGGGGGCGUCCUCGGACACCGAUGGCAAUCUGUCCCAACCGGAGGGCUUUUGGGAGAAUCGGAAGCCGAGAGCCAUGACAUCCACCACGCCAUCCGUCAGUCACACUCGCACCCCAGUUGCCACGUCGACCGGUGCUGAGCUCGAACAAGGAAACCAGCAGACCCCCAGCAGCGUCCUCGACCUGUCCCAGACCCCAAAUCAUGAAUCCGCGCCGGCCAAUCUGAAGAGACCCAAGCAUCCAGAAGAAGACUACCUCACCGCUCUGUUUGCACCGCAGGAUGAGCCCUCGCAGCCCAACAGUUAUUUCUUGGAGGAGAGCACCUCACACCACCCAGCUCCACAUCCACCCGUGGCCCUGUCCUCCUUCCAGAGGAGCCUCCGGCUGGACCUGUCGCAAAGCGCCUCGCUCCGGUCGUGUCUCUCCCAGAGCUCACAGGGUCGACAAGUGUCGCAGCUCAAAAAGAAGAAGUCUCGAAUGGGAUUUUGAUUGUCACACAGAGGGGACAUCAUUGUUUGGCGUACAAACAAUGAUACAAAAGUGUUCUUAAUAACUAAGGAAAACCAAAAUAGGAUGCUGGACUCUAACUAAAAAGGAAUGUUUCUCUCUGCUCAUCGGCCUCUUCUGUUUGCCUCGUGGAUGUACAACGGUAUUAAUGCCUGGGAUUGUAUGUCCUGAGGUGCAACCUGAAAGCAAGCAUGUCCAAGUGCUUGCUGCUGGUCCACGGUGCCAUCUCCGCCUUUAUGCAGGCACCAGGCACAGUAGCCGAAAUGGUGGGGGGAAAGGAAGACAAGGGUGUCUGGCCAAAGAAGAGUGACUGCAGACCAGUUUGGUAGGUGUGCUUGUGUGUGUGUGUGACGCUGCAUGUGAUAACGUGUCUCUGUGUCACUGGUUGAUGGAAUAGAGAAACUAACAUGGUCGGUUGGUGGGACAUUAAACAUGGAUGUUUCUAACAAAAGAAUACUGCUCAUAUUUAGUGGAAAUGGACAGAAUUAUUAAUUAUUUUGCUUUUGGUGUGAAAAUAGACAUCAUACAAUAUUACUAAAAUAACUUGCUGUUUUCUGUGUUAAAAGUGAAAUGUUAUUUUUACAGAGUAUGGAUUUCUGCUUUUCACAGAACUCUCCCGGUCGUAUAUUAAUUUAAAUAAAUGAGGAGACCUUA